CACGAAUCCUCGCCAUUUUCGUCUCUACGAUCUGAAACCCUAGAAGACAACGCGACGCAGGGAAGAAGAAGAAGAAGAAGAGAUCGCACCUUGAGAAAUGGGGAAGCAGCCCGUGAAGUUGAAGGCCGUCGUCUACGCGCUUUCUCCGUUCCAGCAGAAGGUGAUGCCCGGUCUAUGGAAGGACCUUCCCGGCAAGAUCCACCACAAGAUCUCCGAGAACUGGAUCAGCGCAUCCCUUUUGCUCGCCCCUCUCAUCGGCGUCCACUUGUAUGUGAAGCAAUACCAGGAACAUGAGAAGCCGAGGAGUUUGUAUGACCUUGAGGCGGUAAAUACAGAUGCAUUCAAAUUUCAAACAGUUGUCGUCACUUCUUCCACAGUCUCAUUUACCAUUUCUCUCCGACCGGCUCCGCAGAGCCCAAUUCCUCUCCGACCGGCUCCGUUCUGCCAGAACCCUAGAUUUCUUUUCCUUUUUAAUCUCAGGUUUGGUAGUGCUGUGUUUAUAUUGCAAUCCAUGGCAAAAGACAACAAUGCCAACAGCUACGAAGAGGCUCGCAAGCAACGAGUUCUUGAAAACAAGAAACGGUUUGAGGAUCUGGGAAUUUUGAACAUCUCCAGAGGCUUAUCUGAUAUUGCGAAGCCCGAGAAGAAGGUCCAGGUUCUGAGAGCAAGGCGCAUACCAAAUGCCACGUACGUGUUAGAACCAAGACGCUCCUCACGUGUGCGUAAUCCGGUUCAAUCAUACCAUGAUGAUCUAGUCGUGGAACUUCCAUCUUUGCGCAAGAGAUCAAGGUCGAGUUCUUCUUCAUGGGCAAGUUAUCUUGCAAGACCAAUAGAAGAAGUUAAAGUUGCUUCUUAUGAAGAAAGAACACAAGCUUACAAAGCUGCAGAGAAACUCCAAAGUAAUCUGCAAUCUGGAAAUCCAUCAUUUAUCAAAUCAAUGGUUAGGUCUCAUGUCUACAGCUGUUUCUGGUUGGGGCUUCCAAACAGAUUCUGUGAGGUUCAUCUACCCAAAUCAACUGUGGAGAUGGUGUUAGAGGAUGAGGAAGGUGGUGAAUAUGAUGCUGUGUUCAUAAGCAAAAGAGCUGGGCUUAGUGGUGGAUGGAGAGCAUUUGCAUUGGAACACAAGCUUGAUGAUGGGGAUGCUUUGGUUUUUGACUUGGUUGAGUCUACCAAGUUCAAGGUGUACAUAGUUAAAGCAUCCCAAUAUCCAAGCCAAGGCAUUGAGAGCGACGAAAGGGAAGAAAAUGAUGAUGAAGAAGAAAUCCAACAUAAGCCCGCAGAGAGGGGAAAGAAGAAAGAUUCGGCGAAUUCCCCCGAAGAGGUUCCUGCAUCAGAUGGAAUAACCAAAGGGGAAACGAUGAAGCCAUCAAGAAGGAACACUCGAUCAUGCGGUAUAACGGCGCACCAGUCGGCGUUCCGCCGCGGAUUCGUGCGUCUGAUCGAUUGCAAGGUUCGAGGCGUCGUCGGCGAAUUCAAACUCCUAGGCUCCUGGCUCAGGCUUCGAUCUCGAUUCCCUGUAGUGCGGGGAAGCAGUACUUACAGAGACGCCAUUGUUUUCGAUCAGCAAUUGCUUCAAGCAACAUUUGUUGCGCAAGCUAUUGGCGAUUUAAGCUCGGAUGAACAAACCCUUCUUGCGUUUACAAAUUCUGUACCCCAUGGCCGCAUGAUCAACUGGAAUCCAGCAAGCCCCAUGUGUUCAUCUUGGGUGGGCAUUAUCUGCAGCAAAGGUGUGGGUCCCCGCGUGGUUGCUGUUCGACUCCCGGGGUUUGGGCUCACUGGUCCCAUCCCUGAAAAGACACUUGGAAAACUAGACGCGUUGAUGGUUCUUAGUCUUCGUGCCAAUUUUCUAAAUGGAAGUCUUCCUUCUGACCUCGCUUCUCUUCCAUCUCUACAAUACCUUUUCCUUCAAAAUAACAACUUCUCCGGUCAUAUCCCUACCACGUUUUCCCAUCAACUAAACGUUUUGGAUCUUUCAAAUAAUUCCUUCAGCGGUGUUGUUCCUGCCGUGUUUCAGAAUUUGACUCAACUGAUAGGAUUGAACCUCCAAAAUAACUUCCUUUCUGGACCUGUACCCAAUUUCAGGCUCCCAAGACUUCAACAUUUGAAUUUGAGUAACAACCAACUUGAUGGUUCUAUCCCGUCAUCCCUUAAAAGCUUCCCCAAAUCUUCAUUUGAGGGCAACUCAUUGUUGUGUGGGUUACCUUUAAUGUCAUGUUCCCCUCUCCAACCUCCAUCCAAUGUCCCCGAUGCUCUUUCUGCUAAAAACAAAAGCCACAAGAAGCUUAAAUCGGGGGUUAUAAUUGCCAUUGCAGCUAGUGGGGCUGUGUCACUCUCUAUAGUAGCUAUAUUCAUUUUCUUGUGCUGCCUGAAGAAAAAGGAGAGAGAUCCCAGAUGUGCUCCCAAAGGAAAGCCUCUAAACAGAGGAAGGAAUGAUAAACCAAGUGAAGAGUUCGGCAGCGGGGUACAGGAGGCUGAGAAAAACAAGUUGGUUUUCUUUGAAGGAUGCUCGUAUAACUUUGAUCUUGAGGACUUACUGAGGGCCUCGGCCGAAGUGAUGGGGAAGGGGAGUUUUGGUACGGCAUACAAGGCCAUUCUGGAGGAGUCAACAACAGUUGUCGUCAAGCGUCUGAAAGAUGUGAUAGUUGGGAAGAGGGAGUUCGAACAGCAGAUGGAAACCAUUGGUAGGGUUGGACAACAACACCCUAAUGUCACGCCUUUGCGUGCUUAUUAUUAUUCCAAGGACGAGAAGCUUUUAGUCUAUGAUUUUUUCUCAAGAGGCAGUUUGUCCACGCUUCUCCAUGUAAACAAGGCAAUAGGAGGAACAUCUAUGGACUGGGAAACUAGAGUCAAGAUAGCCCUUGCUGCAGCAAAGGGGAUAUCCCAUAUCCACCACAUGGGUGGUGCCAAAUUCACCCAUGGAAACAUAAAGUCCUCAAACAUCCUUCUCAACCAAGAUUUUGAUGUUUGUGUCUCUGAUUUUGGCCUGGCCCCUCUCAUGAGCUUCUCCGGAGCUCCGAAUCAGCCCGGAUACCGGGCCCCGGAGGUGAUCGAAUCACGUAAGCACACACACAAAUCAGACGUUUACAGCUUCGGUGUCCUGCUCCUGGAGAUGCUCACCGGGAAACUUCCAAUCCAAUCGCCCAGGCGUGGGGAUGACCUGGUUGAUCUCCCAAGGUGGGUCCAGUCAGUAGUCAGGGAAGAGUGGACAGCUGAGGUGUUUGAUGCCGAUUUGAUGAGGUUUCAGAGUGCAGAGGAAGAGAUGGUUCAGAUGCUGCAAAUUGCCAUGGCGUGCGUUGCGAGGGUUCCUGAGAUGAGGCCUAACAUGGACGAAGUCGUUAGAAUGCUUGAAGAAGUUCAAAAUGCAUACUCUGAAAACGUGAAGAAAUCCGACUCAAGGAAGGAUUCAGAUGUGACGACAACAACGACAACCCCUUGAUUCCCCACCUCUCUAUUGCAAAAUCAUCUUCUUGGACUUCAGGUGGUGAAAGUGUGAUUAUGAUAAUGUUCAAAUUUCAACAUUAAAUAAAGUUUGUCAUU